AACCAAAACGCUAACCACAUUUAUUUCUGAUAUGUUCUUCUCCGUCGACUUGGUUUGCACGACAGCUCAGCAAAAUUUUGGAAUCAAUCAUUUGCCAUAUUCUAGUGUGCACACAUUCAGGUGCUCUGUCUCGCUCUGCGAUACAGAGCAAUCGGAACCGCCACGAUCGAACACCAGAUUACAGCUUUAGAUAUGUGAGAGAGAGACAUAUAUAUACAUAUAAAUAUAUAGAUUGUAGAGAGAGAAAGAGGAGGUAGAGAGAAAUAUCUAGAUCUCUCUUUUUUCUCCAAACUUGCUUCAGAAAUGGCGGACGAACCUUCACUCACUCGCUGGUCCUUCCAGGAUUUUAAGAUGUUUUAUGAUGUUAAGUUUGGGAGAAAGAAAGCACCUGAGGAAACAGAUGCAGCCGCGAAUGGUGAAACUGCUCGAGUGGUAUAUAAUGGGAAUUCUUCCACUGUAGCAUCUAAUGGAAGUGUUAAUGUGAAGAACAAACCUGAAUUGGCCAUAUAUGAACAGUAUCGGAGUCAGGAUAAUGGGAGCUCGACACACUAUAAUGGGGUUUCGUCUGCCGGAUUUGAUGAAAAGCCGACUUUAUCACGAGGAAGAGGAUUGACAGUGGUAGAGUGGAACAUGGUCUCUACAUUCAGGAUCAGCCAAACAAGGCAGAAAAAUCUGCUUCCUGCUUUUGAAUCUGCAGAAAUGCGUACAUUAGCAGAGAGUUUAAGUAGGGAUAUUAUUUGGGGAAAUCCAGAUGUGAAGUGGGAAAGCAUAAAAGGAUUAGAGAAUGCUAAACAGCUACUUAAAGAAGCAGUUGUCAUGCCAAUAAAAUAUCCCAAGUACUUCACUGGUCUUCUAUCACCAUGGAAAGGUAUUCUACUCUUUGGCCCUCCUGGAACGGGAAAGACUAUGCUUGCAAAGGCUGUUGCGACCGAGUGUAAGACUACAUUUUUUAAUAUUUCUGCAUCAUCUGUUGUCAGCAAAUGGCGUGGUGAUUCGGAGAAGUUAGUGAAAGUUUUGUUUGAGCUUGCUAGACAUCAUGCACCUUCAACUAUAUUUCUGGAUGAAAUUGAUGCCAUCAUUAGUCAACGUGGUGAAGGACGCAGUGAGCAUGAAGCAAGUAGGCGUUUGAAAACUGAACUAUUAAUUCAGACUAGAUUGCAGAUGGAUGGUUUGACGCAGGCAGAUGAACUUGUUUUUGUCCUGGCAGCAACAAAUCUCCCCUGGGAACUGGAUGCAGCCAUGCUCCGGCGUUUUGAGAAAUGGGAUUGUAUAUCCAAGCAGCAGAUUGGGACCGAUCGUAGAGUUAAAAACCUCUAUGUGGUGGAGAGCUUGCAUCUACUUAUGACUGACUACCUCUUCGACUGUCUUUUCCUCUUUUCAAUUAGACUCUCUGUCAAGUCCUUUCUAUUUGUGGCGUUCCAGAUUAUGGCAUUUGUCUACGAACUGCUUAUGGUUUUUAGCUUAGUCAAGUAUAUUCGGAUUCUUGUUCCUCUUCCGGAACCAGAAGCAAGAAGAGCCAUGUUUGAAGAACUAUUGCCAUUGCCACCUGAGGAAAAACUUCCAUGUGAUCUGCUGGUGGAAAGGACAGAAGGCUAUUCAGGUUCAGACAUAAGGUUGGUGUGCAAAGAGGCUGCCAUGCAGCCACUGAGACGGUUAAUUGCUGUUCUUGAAGAAAAACAAGAAGCAGUGCCUGAGGAUGAAUUGCCGAAGGUUGGACCAAUCAGACGCGAAGACAUUGAGAUGGCUUUGAAAAACACGAGGCCCUCUGCACAUCUCCAUGCUCACCGUUAUGAGAAGUUCAAUGCAGACUAUGGCAGUCAAAUGUUCCAAUGAAGGCACACAUUGGUAUAUCAUUUAAUUUGUCAAAAUUCUUUCCAGUCUCUACUCAUUCAUCAUUUUUAGGGGGCUGGCAAGAGGUCUUUAUGGGAGCCCAAAUGUUAUUUCUAGUUGUGACUUUUUUCUGUACUCUUGAAUUUGUGAUUAUAGCUUAUUUUAUAUUUUUUAUAUUUAAUUUUUUUUCCUCUUUUUAUUAUUAUUUGAGAUUUACAAGAUACGGUUGUAGAAAGUUGGUUUGAGAUGUCAAUUCCUUUGUUAUUGCUUUA